AUGGCUUCGCCUAUAGAAGAAGUAGGUGAAAGAGACUUAGAGAAAGGAUUGCUCUCUCCAACAGCUUACCAAAACCCUCUCGCCGAGCAAUCACCAUCACCAUCCUCAGCCCCUGCACCCGCUUUGGUUCUGUCAAAUUCCGGAAACCGAAUUGAUCAAUCCGGGAAAAAGAAAUAUGUGAAACAAGUGACGGGUCGGCACAAUGACAGUGAGCUUCAUUUAGCAGCUCAGAGAGGUGAUCUUGCAGCAGUGAAACAGAUUUUGGAUGAUAUUGAUUCUCAAAUGGUGGGGACUUUUAGUGGAGCUGAGUUAGACCAAGAGGUUGCAGAGAUUCGGGCAUCAGUGGUGAAUGAUGUGAAUGAAUUGGGAGAGACGACACUGUAUACUGCGGCAGAUAAAGGGCAUCUUGAGGUUGUGAAGGAGUUGUUGAGGUAUUCAAAUAAGGAGACACUUUCAAAGAAGAACCAGUGCGGGUUUGAUCCAUUGCAUAUCGCUGCUAGUCAAGGACACCAUGCCAUUGUCCAAGUGCUAUUAGACCAUGACCCAGAGCUAAGCAAAACAGUUGGCCCAUCAAAUGCAACCCCUCUUAUAACUGCAGCUUCAAGAGGACAUACAGCUGUGGUUCAUGAACUGCUGUCAAAAGAUUGUAGCUUGUUAGAAAUUUCUAGAUCCAAUGGGAAAAGCCCAUUGCAUUUGGCUGCCAGACAGGGGCAUGUAGACAUUGUCAAGGCAUUGCUCGACAAGGAUCCGCAGUUGGCUAGAAGGAAGGACAAGAAAUGGCAGACUGCCCUCCAUAUGGCUGUAAAGGGGGUUAGCUGUGAGGUGGUCAAAUUGCUUCUCGAGGCUGAUGCAGCUAUUGUGAUGCUGCCAGACAAGUUUGGUAACACAGCAUUACAUGUAGCCACCAGAAAAAAGAGACCAGAGGUAUAUAUUAGUUUGGUAUUGGCAUAUGCCCUUGUGUGUUACAUAUGCAAGAAAAAUAGACCUCAAACUAUCUAUUUCUUUUAA